AUGAUGGAUAAGCCCAAAAGCUUGAUCAAUAAGAGUUUACAGAAAGAGAAGGAGAUUGCUGUGCAUCCACUGCGACUGAGAAAACCUUCUGUCACGCCUUCAAAUGCUACCGGUUUGUACACUCUACCUUUACUUCAACCUUCUUUCAAAUUCUUAGCCAUUUCUCAUCCAAAUUCAACCAAAUCAUUGCGUGGAGCUUUUUCAAAGAUGAAAGAAACUAAGCGCCUUGAACCAUCAAGUAAGGUUAGAAACAUGAACAACUACAAGCUACAAGAAAUUCCAAAAAGUGAUAGGGUUAAGGAAGAGGGAUUCAAAUGCAGUGCACUUUGCAUGCCUCUUCCAGGGUUUGGGAAAACCAAGCCAGUUAAAGCAAGAAAAGAAGAAACCCAAAUGCAUGCAGUGAACUCUAUGGUAUCAUCAUCAAAGCCAAAUUCUUGGCAAAAUUUUGAACGUAGUUCCCUGGUUUCACAGGCCAGAAUCCAUGAAACUGAAGAAGAUAACUCCAUCAGUUCCUACUUUGAUCUUCCAUCUGAAUUGUUUAAAUUCAGCAGCCAUAAUGCAUAA